UACAUCUCGUCUCUGCUGUCAUCGUCACAAAACAACACCUCCAAGGAAGCGAAAUACAAACCAGCGCCCAGGAUAUUCAGAAUUCUACAAGAAGAUGGCGAAGGAAGGAUCGAUGAAGAUGGAUGUGGAAAACGGUCCAAUGGAUACAGACCAAAUGGAUUGCGACAGCCAACGACAAGACAUUGUUCGAAUCGUAGUGAUCUCAGACACUCACGGUUUGCAUGACAAGCUGCGUCUCCCACGGGGAGACGUGCUGGUCCAUUGCGGGGACUUUGCCGACCGCGGGUCUGUCGCCGAUAUCCGCGCCUUUCGAGACUGGUUCCAGUCACAGAAAAGCAGAUAUUCCGAUCUUGUCGUCAUUGCAGGGAAUCAUGAUCGAGAUUUGAAGAGGCCAGACGCCAUCGAUUUACGUGCCGAGUUUUCAUUGCCGGGCUCGACCAUUCAUUUCCUGGAAGAUCAGCAUCUUGUGUGCGCCGGAGGCCGUCUUCACAUUUUUGGAGCUUCCUGGGGCACUUGUGACAGCGACAGUUUCGAGGACCUGGACCUGACAGAGGGGAACAGCAGUAAUGCCGAUGGUAUUGACCUGCUGCUUUCUCAUAUCCCGCCAUAUUGGCCAGGCAGGACAUCCACUGUGCGGAGGGGAAGCUUGAGCUUGGCCAAAGUGAUUUUUCAAAAGAGAAUCCCGAUAUGCUGCGGUGGCCACCUUCACUGGGCUCGCGGAGCCGUGCGGUAUAAAGCAAGGCACGGAUGUGUGCCACAAUCCACAUGGUUCAUCAAUGCAGCCAGCAAGUUUCCCAGCUCAAGAGACCCACAGCCUGACGAUGGAGGCGUCUUUCCCCCUGUCGUCAUUGACUAUAAUGUCCAGGAAAGAAAAGUGGCGUGGGUAGAUGGGUUCGAUAAAUUUUGGAGAAAGGACAUCCCGAAACCCUUUUCUUUCGCUGUUGAUAGAUGGGAAUGUAGCUAGUGCUAAACGUAAUCACACUUCUUGCUACCAUAUGU